AUGUCUCAAAGUGGUAUUCACUAUAACAUCAACGACAAAAAUGAUAGAAACAAAAUUACCGAAGAAUUAAAUAAACUGGAACAAUUUCAAUAUGGAGAACAUCCAAGUCGAGUUUUAUGUGUUUUUAAUAUUUUAUCUCAAUAUGAUCCUAAAGAAUUGUUGUGUAUUUUUCAACAAUAUGGGGAUGUAAAAACAAUUUAUUACAGUACUGUCCAAUUUGGGUUUAUUGUUGUUAUAUUUUAUGAUAUUAGAUCAAGUAGAAGUGCAGCAAAAUAUCUUAAUGGUCACAUUAAUGAAGGACCAAAUCAUGGUACAUUGGUUAUUUUCAAUAUUGACAAACAAACUGAUGAUGAAACUCUUAAAACAAUUUUUUCAAAGUAUGGAGAAAUAAAAGAGAUUCGUGAAACUCCAUCAAGAAAAUAUCAUAAAUUUAUUGAGUAUUUUGAUUCAAGAAGUUCUGAUGUUGCUCUUAAAGAAUUAAAUGAUAUUGAAAUUAAUGGAAGAAAAAUAAAGAUAGAAAUUUCAAAACCAAACAUUUCUAAACUUAUCUUUCUUCAAUGUGUUUCAAAUCUUCUUGGUAUUCCAAGAGAAGUACCAGUGAUAAUUCCUCCUUCUGAAUUAAUUGAUUUAAUCCAACAUUAUGCACAAGAUACUGUAAAACAUUAUAAUGAACAUCAAAACGAAGAACAACUGGAACAAAUUGAAUUUGACAGCGAAGGAAAUGUAUUGGACAAAGUUAAAAACACUGUGAUUAUUAAAAAUAUCUCAAGAAGAUGCUCUCAUAAUACUUUUAUUAGAUAUCUUCAAAAUUCCAUUUCUUCAUUUUAUAAAAAUGCUUUCUUAUUUAGAGAGACUAAUUCACAGACAGGUGUUGUUAUUGUAACAAAUCCAUCUGUCAUAGUCUCCUUAUUUUCAUGUUUCAAUGAUAAAAUGAUAGAGCCAAACCAAGAACAACUUUGUCAAGUGUAUUAUAGCAGAUAUCAAGAUAAAGACUUCAUAGAGAAGGUUGAGGAAAUGAUAAGGAGAUAG